AUGAUGAUGGACAACAACAGUGAGAAAUUGGGUAUUGAUAUUCUUGAAGAAGUAAUGUUAUCGGAUUCUGAAAUGGAUAUGUUUGCUGAUGAGCAAGGUUUCUCAGCGUUCGAUUUAGACUAUUCAGAUAUUUUCAUGGAAAAAUCGUUUACGUUAUCUGAAGAUCUACAACCAACAUUUAAUGUAGUUGACAAUAACUCGCAAAAUAUAUCAAUUGAUCCAAAAGAAUGGUUAGUUAUGGAUAAAAGUUCUAAGCGUCAGAGACCACCUCGUCUUUACGAGUUUCUUAUUCUUCUUCUUGAAAAUCCAUAUUAUGCUUUUUAUGCAUCUUAUACGAACAAAGCUGAAGGUAUAUUUCAAAUUCAUGAACCUGAAAACGUUGCUAAUCUUUGGCAACAAGUAAAAAGCCGACGAUCAAAUCAAAAAAUGACGGAUGCUGAAGAUUAUAUCUCUAUUAUAAUAUCUCUACGACAAUAA